GCGAUUCGGUUCCCAACGUUCACCAAAAGAUCCGUUCAAAAAGAGCCGUUCGUUCGCGAACGAUCCAUCACUAGCAUCAGCUAUCCAGUGGGACGGCCAGUGCUAUCCGGAAUCCUUCGGACACCCAUUUUACAUUUGAACUUCAUGGGGUAGGGACGUCCCAAGGAUCCCGGAUAGCACGUACCCCGGUGGGACGUUGGAGUGGUCCCCGACGUGUUGUGGAUCCUGCCUGUAUUAACGUUCGCUUAGUGCUUUCCCACCAUUUCUACGCCGUAAACUGUAAGACUGCAGCUACAACCCUACCAACGAGUCAGUCAUUCAACGCGCUGUGAAGUGCCUCGACACCCUGCUGCCCUGUUUACUCGCCAGUGUGCGGCCCCAUUGUGGAUCCCCAGCUCCAGCGAGCGGCGGGGGGAGGCAGAGCCAGAGGCUGAGGCAGAAGGCACAGCGCUAGCAGGGCCAUGAACAUCACCGGGUACCAGCAGCAGCAGGGUGAUUUUCAGACACGCCGAGGCACACUCAGGGAGAGGGAUCCUAGGCAGGGUGUGGGCAUGGAGACAGCCUGCUGCCUGGCCCCUGGAGCCCUGCGCAGACUGAUUGAGCUGCCCGCUCCCCCGCUCGACCGCCAUCAGCUGAAGAGAUUGGAGGAGCACAGGUACAGCAGUGCAGGUCGCUCCCUGCUGGAGCCUCUGAUGCACCGUUACUGGGAGUGGCUGGUGGGCCGUGUGCCCGCCUGGAUCGCCCCCAACCUCAUCACCAUCGUGGGCCUGGCCACCAACGUAUUCACCACCCUGGUGCUAGUCUACUACUGCCCCACCGCCACUGAACAGGCACCUCUGUGGGCAUACCUGCUGUGUGCUGUGGGCCUGUUUGUGUACCAGUCAUUGGACGCCAUUGACGGGAAGCAGGCCAGACGAACCAAUAGUAGCUCUCCACUGGGCGAACUGUUUGACCACGGCUGUGACUCCCUCUCCACAGUGUUUGUGGUCCUGGGCACCAGUAUAGCAGUGCAGCUGGGCACCAAUCCUGACUGGAUGUUCUUCUGCUGUUUCGCUGGCAUGUUCAUGUUCUACUGUGCCCACUGGCAGACCUACGUCUCUGGCACCCUGCGCUUUGGCAUCAUUGAUGUGACUGAGGUGCAAAUCUUCAUUAUAAUCAUGUAUUUGCUGGCCGCUGUGGGAGGAUCCGCUUUCUGGCAGUCACUGAUCCCAGUCAUAAACAUCCAGAUGAAAAUAGUUCCAGCCAUCUGCACUUUCUUAGGUGCCAUCUUUUCCUGUACUAAUUACUUCCGGGUUAUAUUUACCGGAGGUAAGGGCAAAAAUGGAUCCACAAUAGCAGGAACCAGUGUCCUGUCUCCUGUGUUACAUAUAGGCUCAGUAAUAAUCCUGGCCAUGAUGAUCUAUAAGAAGUCAGCUAACCAGCUCUUUGAGAAGCACCCCUGUGUUUAUAUCCUGGCCUUUGGCUUCGUGUCGGCCAAGAUCACCAACAAAUUAGUUGUAGCACAUAUGACAAAGAGUGAGAUGCAUCUCCAUGAUAUAGCAUUCCUGGGGCCAGGCCUGCUGUUCCUGGACCAGUAUUUCAACAGUUUUAUUGAUGAAUACCUGGUGCUGUGGAUUGCGCUGAUCCUGUCUUUCGUUGACUUGGUGCGUUACUGUUUCAGUGUUUGCAACCAGAUUGCCUCCCAUCUUCACAUCUUUGUCUUCAGAAUCAAGCCACUGACCCCGUCCACCCUUCAGUGAGGACAAGGACGCCAUUACUGUCUCUCUCUCUCUUUCUUUCUCUCUCUCUUCAUGUUAGUUAGUAAUUUGUUGAGGCAGGGUUGGGGUGGAUGUGGGUGGAGCUAUUACCAGUAGAUGUGCACGCCAAGUGAAUGUGGGGAUAAAUUAAAUAUAAUGAGAUAUUCAUAUUAUUAUUAAGUUAUUUUCCAUCGUUGCUUUGUGCAAUAUGUGUUGAUUUCAUCUUGUUACAGUAAUCAGAUUCCUGGACAAAAAGAAUGCUUUGUCUCUUUUUCUGAAAUGAAUGGUCACAUUGGACAUGAAUGCUCUUUUCUGUGCCAGAGAGGGCAAAUAAGUGCAAGAAGACUGUAAGGGGCUUGAAUAGGUACUACCUUAUUCAUUUAAUAAUGAUCAUUAUUAUUUUCUUAUUGAACUUUAAAACAAAUAUUUAAUGUGUUGUGAUUGUUGGUUGUUCUCUACAAAGAAAUGUACAGGAAUCGAAAGAGAUCUACACAGGAUGUCAGUCUGCUUUCAGUUUUGUUUCGUAAGAGUGUUGUCUUUAUUAAAUGUAUAUAUAAUUUUGCAAUAUUUGCAUAACCUCACUUUUCGGUUUCACAAAUAUCUAACUAUUAGGGUGUUGAUAUUUGUAGUGUCUCAAGCCUUGCUUCCCUGAAAUGGCUCAAGCAUACAUUGUCUCCAAUGCCACCAACAUUACACAGCACUUAUGGCACCACAUGCAGGAUUGCUAGCAGUUGUCAAGCAUACUAUUCUGUAUAUCCAGUUUAAUAUUGCUUUUAAAUAGUUUAAUGUAUAACAUAUUAUUUACAUUUUUAGCAGCAAAGAGUUUCUUGCUUUUGAAUUGUGCCUGUUUAUUAUUGUAUUGUCCUGUUGCACCUCUGCUCUCAGAUACUGUAGUGUUGCAUUUGUCUGAAAAUGCUUGACGAAAACUAAAUGCCAAGUGUUAUUGAAGAAAAGUAAGAAUGUGAUUUUGUCCCAAAAAAGUAGUGUCAUUCUCAUUGGAAGCUAAAGAUGUUGUCUGUUGUCCAAAGCUUGCUCAUAUCUAGAAUCUAACAACAUGUUUUAAUUUUACUUAAAAUUAUUUUGUAAUUUAUUUUUAAAUUACCUUGUAACACAUCUACGAACAACUUUAUUUGUGUAGAGCAUUCUGCCCUGUGCCAGGUCCACAUACAGCAAUUGAUAGUGUUUUGGGAUAAUUGGGGAGCUUCAAUGUGACAGAAAAAUGAUAUUCUGACUGUGCCGUAAUCUUAUUUGUCUGUACAACGUUUUUGCCUCUAUACCUGCAGUCUGCUUAUAAUUCACCGUCAGAAUCAAUAGAAACUGUCAUUUCAAUGAAAAACAGACUUUAUUUCUGUGUGUAAUUUUAUUGGCCCGUUGCUGAGCUCAUUCGACAUUGUGUACUAGUAAUUUACAGAUGGGUAAAAGGUUGCCUUAAACACAAUUUUAGUUUUUUCUUCUUUUGUAAGAUAAAGGUCAAGCCUCUUAAACAAUUUAGGGGCAUGUUGUCUCUGUGUGUGUUUACUGGCAGAGGCUUGUGAUUUCUUCCUUGUUACUGUUGUUUUCUUUUGGCCAGACUGUCAAGCUCAGGUAUAUUACAGUGUGCAGAACAGGAUGUUCAUAGGCUACGAGAAAAUAACUUCCAAGAUCUCUCCCUCACCUACCAAUGCAAAUAAAAUGUAAUUCACACAUGUAAGAUGCUA